AUGAGAUUAGUACUUCUAUUAUUCACAUUUAUAAUAUCAAUAAAUUCAUUAGUAAUAACAGAAAAACAAAAAAGAUUUGAUGCAUGGGAUUAUCAAAAAGAUAUAACAAGAGGAGUUAAUUUAGGUGGAUGGUUUGUAUUAGAAGCUUAUAUAACUCCAUCAAUAUUUGGAACUUGGUUAUUCCCACAAAAUACACCAGUUGAUGAAUAUCAUUUUACAAAACAAUUGGGUAAAGAAGCAGCAUUCCAAGUUUUAAAUCAACAUUGGUCAAGUUGGUAUACCGAAGCUGAUUUUGAACAAAUGAGUUAUUUAGGGUUAAACGUUGUUCGUAUACCAAUUGGUUAUUGGGCUUUUCAAUUGUUAGACAAUGAUCCUUAUGUUCAAGGACAAGUUGAAUAUUUAGAUCAAGCUUUACAAUGGGCCAGAAAUCAUAAUAUAAAAGUUUGGAUUGAUUUACAUGGAGCUCCUGGCUCACAAAAUGGUUUUGAUAAUUCUGGUUUAAGAGAUUCAAUUAAUUGGCAAACUGGUAAUAAUGUACAAUUUACUUUAGAUGUAUUACAACAAAUUUUCAAAAAAUAUGGUUCAUCAACUUACGAAGAUGUUGUUAUUGGUAUUGAAUUAUUAAAUGAACCUUUGGGACCAUCUUUAAAUAUGGAUCAAGUUAAAGAUUUCUACAACAAAGGGUAUUCCAAUUUAAGACAAACUGGCUCAUCAACACCAGUAAUUAUACAUGACGCAUUUCAACCAGCAGGGUAUUGGAAUAAUUUCUUACAAGUCAGUCAAGGUGCAUGGAGUGUUGUUGUUGAUCAUCAUCAUUAUCAAGUCUUUUCAGCUGGUGAAUUAAAAAGAAGUAUAAAUGAUCAUAUAUCAGUAGCAUGUAAUUGGGGUUGGGAUGCUAAAAAGGAAUCUCAUUGGUCAAUUGCAGGAGAAUGGUCAGCUGCAUUAACUGAUUGUGCAACUUGGCUUAAUGGGGUUGGAAGAGGUGCAAGAUAUGAAGGUCAAUAUGAUAAUUCACCAUGGAUUGGUUCAUGUUCACAAAUAAACACUGACGUUAAUAAUUGGACAUCAGAUUAUAAAACAAAUGUACGUAAAUAUAUUGAAGCUCAAUUGGAUGCUUUUGAAUAUAAUGGUGGUUGGAUUUUCUGGAAUUGGAAAACUGAAUCUGCUGGUGAAUGGGAUUUUCAAAAAUUAACUGCUGCUGGUAUAUUCCCACAACCUUUAACUGAUAGACAAUUUCCUAACCAAUGUGGAUUUCCAUCCAAAUAA